CCAUGCCCAACCAGUCUGGAAAUAAAGCAGAUAAAAUGCCUACCACUACAAAGCGCACUGUUAGCAACACUUCUUUAUUAUCCCCCUCGUCACUUCGCAAAAUCACAGCCACAACCAAUGCUACCGGCAACCUCGCAACAGCGCCACAGUCUAGUGGUAAGAACAGCCCUGGCAUGACCCCAAGUAAGAGCAGCAGCUCAUUGGCCAGCAGUAGUCCAUCCACCAGAUCUAAUGCCAUAAUAUUCUCUGAAAAAAAAAGCUUUUCCCACGUCAAGUCCAAGGUGGGCUCUCUCGAGAACACAACCUAUAGUCCAUCUGGAGGUGAUAAGAAGAUCUUUACUCAAAAAGUCACUCCAAAUGCACAACCCAAGAUUGGAUCACUUGAUAAUAUCAACCAUAGUCCAUCUGGAGGCGACAAGAAGAUUUUUACUCAAAAAGUCACUCCAAAUGCCCAUUCCAAGAUCGGAUCUCUUGAAAACAUCAAGCACGUCCCAUCUGGAGGUGAUAAGAAGAUCUUUACUCAAAAAGUCACUCCAAAUGCACAACCCAAGAUUGGAUCACUUGAUAAUAUCAACCAUAGUCCAUCUGGAGGCGACAAGAAGAUUUUUACUCAAAAAGUCACUCCAAAUGCCCAUUCCAAGAUCGGAUCUCUUGAAAACAUUAAGCACGUCCCAUCUGGAGGUGAUAAGAAGAUCUUUACUCAAAAAGUCACUCCAAAUGCACAACCCAAGAUUGGAUCACUUGAUAAUAUCAACCAUAGUCCAUCUGGAGGCGACAAGAAGAUUUUUACUCAAAAAGUCACUCCAAAUGCUCAUUCCAAGAUCGGAUCUCUUGAAAACAUCAAGCACGUCCCAUCUGGAGGCGACAAGAAGAUUUUUAACCAAAAAGUCACUCCAAAUGCCCAUUCCAAGAUCGGAUCUCACUAAUUUUUGAUAUUUAUCAGCUAAAAGCAUUACCAAAGUCUUUUCUACCUAAGAAAUAGUAUGAUUUUUAAUACAAGAGUCUCCUCUUUUGGAUCUUGCAUUCUCGUAUAGCCUUAAAGUUUCUAGUAUAAACCGUACGUGUGUACCAGAUUCAUUGGUCUAGAUUUUCAAUUUUAAAAUUUCCAAUAGCAUAGCAUAUAUUUUACUGACUGGCCACCUUAACGAUUGUUUUCGUCUUUUUGCCCAUUGAGCGUAUUCACAGUCGUAUUCAUGUAAAACAAAACACUUUUUUGUAUCUUGCGGCCACUAUUUUGCUUUGGAAUAAAUAAUGGUUGAAUAUUCGCUG